GAGAGUUUGGUUUUGCGUACACCCGCACACCACACACAGCACACAACACCACCAGAGCAACACUGAAGCGGGAGAGAAGCAGAAUUAGGAAACUCGAAGAACGAAAAGCCCUAGUCAGUACUAGGUCGGUUUUGGCUGAGAGAAUGGCAGCGGAAGGCGACGCCGUGGGACCGGUGAUUGAGGAGGACGAUAUCUCCGUCGACGUUGGAGAGAAAGGCCGGCACCGCCCAGUUAUGGUUGUCGAGCACCUCGACAUUGAGGCGUACGCGGCGCUGUAUACUGGACGCACGAAGAUCAGCCGCCUCCUCUUCAUUGCUGAGAACUGCGGCGUCGCUUCGAUGGAGUUGGAGGCUUUGCGGAUGGCGUAUGACGAGAUUAGGAAGGGCGAGGAUACGCAGCUUUUUCGGGAGGUUGUGGCGAAGAUUGAUGGCAGAUUGGGGCCGGAUUAUGGGAGUGAUAACGCUUGGGCGGAUGAUGUGGACCGACGGGCUGAGUUGAGGAAGGAGAAGCUCGAGAAUGAGCUCAAUGCUUCCAUGACAAAUUUAAUCAAAGAGAGCAUUCGGAUGGGAUACAAUGAUUUUGGAGAUUUUUACUAUGCACAUGGUCAGCUUGAAGAAGCAUUUAAAAGUUACAUCCGUACUCAUGAGUAUUGUACUACAUCAGCACAUAUCGUUCACAUGUGUCUGAAUGCAAUAUUGGUUAGCAUUGAGAUGGGUCACUUCUUCAAUAUUUCAAGCUAUUUUUGUAUGGCAUGGCAAAAUCAGGAUCGCUUCAGACCCGAUUCUGUUACAAUUUCAAAACUACAUUGUGCUGCUGGGUUGGCUGCUAUGAUGGGCGAAAAGUAUAAGUUUGCUGCUCGAGAGUUCGUGGAUACUGGAAUGUUAAUACAGAACAGCUACACAGAAGUAAUCGCACUGCAAGAUGUUGCAACUUAUGGUGGUCUAUGUGCACUUGCAACUUUUAAUCGGGCAGAACUGAAGAGAUAUGUCAUUGACAACAUUAAUUUCAGGAAUUGCUUGGAAUUGGUACCUGAAAUAAGGGAGCUCAUUAAUGAUUUCUAUAGCGGCCGCUAUGUUUCCUGUAUGGAGUAUCUCGAAAAUCCAAAGGCAAACUUGUUGCUUGACAUCCAUUUACAUGAUCAUCUGAAGACUCUAUACGAGCGAAUACGUAACAAGGCUCUCACCCACUACGUACUCCCAUUUGUUUCUGUUGAUCUACACAUGAUGGCGAAUGCCUUCAAGACAAGCGUUACAGACCUUGAAAAAGAACUUGAAGCACUGAUUCCUAACAACCAAAUAAAGGCUCGAAUCGACUCCCAUAAUAAAAUUCUUUAUGCACGGCAUGCAGAUCAGAGGAACAGCACAUUCCAGCGUGUCUUGCAGACUGCGAGUGAAUUUGAUAGGGAAGUGAGAACCAUGAUUUUGAGGGCAAAUCUUAUCAAACAUGAACAUAACCUUCGGAAGCAUUGAAAUGUACAGUUGCAAAGUUAUAUACACAUCAGAUUCAUUCUGAUAUGGAUUUGAAAAGUCGAUUUUGGGAAGUUCUGCAUACAGUCAGAGUUUAGAAACUUGUAUUGCUGAUAUGGCUUGAAAGGAUGCUUACAUCUUUUGAAACGAGAAGUUUGAGUCUAUUUGGCUAUUCAAGGCAGUCCUAGUUUGGUCGAGGGGAUCACAGGCUCUGGAAUCUUUGUCUGUCAUUAAGAUUGAAAUAUUGUUCUUUGUUCAUAGCCAGAUUUUAUAAAAGCCUAGUAAGAAGCUAUGUUGAUAGCACCCUUCGGGGGCUACCUGAUAUUUGCUGCCAUUUUCAGUAUUCUACAACUUCAACAUGAAUUUAU